AAUUCGAAACUAUUUUACAAUCCAUUUUAAUUAAACAUGACGACGACGACAAACACAUCAAUAGCUUCGAAAAAGAGUUUAGAAACAUUUUUAGCAAUUUACCUAUUCAGGCAUCACUUUCCUCACUCCAACUUGCAUUUCAAAGCUUCGAAAAAACGCAACAAGUGGAAGUUCAUUCGCGUUUAAAAAAUCUUUAUACCCUAUAUUCGAGCAACAUAAAAAAGACUCUAAUGUGCAAAGCAGAGCAAAAAGAUGCAUUUCUUGAAAUGUUUGUUACAACUUGGAAACAUUUUACCGAAAAAAUGGAAUUGAUUAGUCGUAGCUUUCAGUACUUGGAUCCUGUUUUUCAAAUGCUGGGAAAAGAGUCAAUCUGGAGGUUGGGAUCAUGUGAAUUUAGAAAGCAAGUGUUGUGUAGUCAAGAAAUAAAUAAGAAGAAUCUUUUAGGAAUAUUAGAAUCGAUUGAAAAACAGCGAGAGGGGGAAGUAAGAAAUGGUGUAGCAUUGCGUGAAACACUCCAAAUCUAUAUUAAUGAUGUUUAUAUUUGUAAUCUGAAUGUAUAUGAAUAUUUGCAGUAUGUUAAAGAACGUAUUAAAUAUGAAGAGGAUUAUAUUUCUGCAUAUUUACAUUCAAGAACUAAGGAAUCUUUGAUGAAACAUGUGGAAUUAAAAUUAAUCAAACGUCACGCCAAAUUAAUUUGGGAAAACAUUGAAUCAACUUUCUUCGAUAUUAUGAGUAAUCCGUGCGAAAAGCGUGGUCGUGUAUUAACAUUGUUAUAUCUUUACCUGGUUAAAAUUGACGGUGUUGAACUAUUACAAUUAUUUAUAGACCCUAUUAUUGAGCGUUGUUACUCGAAUAGUCCUUGGAUCGUCGUUGGUGUCGUGUUGAGUCUUCGUUACUGGAAUCGCGGUGUUGAAGUCGUGCCGUUCUUAGAUCGUCUGGAAUGGAGUCGCGUUACUGGAGUGCCGUUAGUGGAAUGGAGUCGCGUUACUGGAGUGCCAUUAGUGGAUUGGAGUCACAUUACUAGAGUCGUUGUUAGUGGAAAUAAGUCGCGUUUAUUGUUUUCCGCUGUGCUAGUCGUCGUUCAUGGAACCGUUGUUUCUGGUGUUUCGCUUGUUGAUCUUUGUUGGUCUGAUUCGUCGAUUUGUGGUGUUGGUAUCCGUGACAUCUUUUAG